GUGCCGUGUUAGCGAGGAUGGACUCAACCUCGUGACGACCCAACCAACAAUUCCUGUCUGGGUGCCUGCUUCACCGGUUUGACCACGACUUCAUCACAAUUGUGCCCAUCUCCAUCCCACACUCGCCCAAACGUCCACUUUCUGUCUCAGCGACUUGUCGACCUGGUGCUCCUGGUCUUUUCGAACGGAAAAAUGACCCUACUGGCCAAAAUCCCAGUCCGCUGAGAGCCGACAGCGGACUUGAGGCUCUGUCAAGCUCAAAAUCAUCCCUUGCCUCAUUUUCGGGCAAAGCCAGGCUGCUUAUGCCGGCCGCAGACUUAGUCAUUGGAGCAACGCCAUAGGCAUAUCCAAGACUGAUUGAUCAGAGGCUGAGUACCCAAAGUACCGAGCGCCUUCUGCAAGGCAUCUUUGCCAACCUUGCCCUCCAACGACAUUACUCGCUUACCACACCUGACACCGCCGUACUUGCUUAGCCCACCUGAGACCGGUUGAUCGGCAUACUUUACCAUUCACACGCCCUUAUUCACCUCAAAUGUAUUUCUCUGGAUCUCGAAGGCUUCGAGCAGCCAGGUCAAAUGCCUCAAUCGCUCUAUCCCAUGCUGGCGGAGCUGCUGCGCUCAACACAGCCCUCGAUGCAGAGACAGAUUUGACCGGGCUCCAGUCCCCUCUAUCCGGAAUGGAUUUCGCCAGUGAUGAAUCAUCCAGGUUCUCCUUCUCGCCAUCAGAAUACCAUCCUGCCCAUUCUUCUGCCACUUUCAUGACUUUCUCUUCUGAUGAUACUCUACACGGCAACGCACAAUAUUGUCCUUCUGGCCCUGAUUUCACUCCAUCUCAUUACCAGGACGUGGAGACUUCGUCCGGUGAAAUUCCCGGUGCAACCAGUCACCCAACAAGCUCACGAGGCCCAGAAACAACGCCUUGGACUCAUCUAGCUGCUACUCAAGGGCGAAUCUCUCCAUUACCGGAGGGCUUCCGAACUGAUUUACCAAUCAACCCCCAGCAUCUGACUACUCCUACUCGAGGACGGCCACGUUCGACUGCCAGUGGAGAGGGUUCCUUCAGAGACUCGGCUUACUGGACCGGAGCCAAGUCGUACCAUGAAGUCGACUCUGUGACAGAAUCUACCGAGGAACAAAUGGAACAAGGCAGCCAAAAUCAUCCUCUCCCUCUUUACGACCCUGCGCAGGCGGGAACGUAUUCAUCUUCUCGUUCAUCAAGCACUGUUACACCGGCCAUGUACGCCGGCGAUCCAAUACCUCCAAUGAGCACUCAGCCUGCGGCAACUUCCCAAGGUGAGCACCGCCAUGAAGACAGCUCGGAUCUAUACUGUGAGGAGUGUCGAUACACUGGGAAGACAAGAUCGGACUUGAAGAAACAUAACGCUCGACACGAGAGGAAAUACAAAUGUCGUUUCACAGGGUGUUCUCGCCAGAGAAAGGGUUUUGCUACCAGCAAUGACCUCGACCGACAUUUGAAAUCCGUUCACAAUGUGAACAAUCGAAAGACUAAAUACCACAAGUGCUUUGCCCAGGGUUGUACAAAAGCCUCGAAAUUGUGGCCGAGGCAGGACAACUUCAGACAACAUCUUGUCAAAAUGCACAGGGGCGAUGAUGUAGACCGUCUCAUGAUCUUGUCAGAGCAAUGGUACGAACGGCACGGGCAACAGCCGCAGGCCGAAGGACUGCCGGAAGAGGAAACACAGUCUCAGGAUGCGACAGAAGACAUGGCCAUGGAUUUUCCCACUAUGCCUGCACAUCAAUUUGCAACAUACAACUAUACAGACUCCAGUCAAUCCUACAUCUCAGGGUCGCCGUUCGAGAAUCCAAUGACACGCACGCAAAGCUCCGAUCCGCCCAAUCCCGAUCCGGGGCUGUCCCAUUCACUACACCUCGGCGCUCUAAGUCACAGGAUUCAACGGCGACGUGUAUCGACCCCGGAAAAUCCAUCAGACCUCCGACGACAGCCACAACCUCCUCGCACCGACAGGCAGAGCCUUGUGCCGCCCAGAACGGCAUUAUCAAGGACACGAUCGCAAGUCGGUCGCAGCCAUCAUAUUGAUGAUACACAGGCAUCCAACCACGCCAACCCAUUCAUUGGCUUCGUAUCGGUUCCUGAUCAAUCUUGGCCUGAUCUUCAGCACCCGUUUUCGGGCGUGAAAAUGGACUAUCCUAGCAAGUACACCUGGGAGAACGAUCAAAUUACGAAGGUUAGGGCCCCGUAUACCGUUGCCAACCCGUUCUUGGACACAAACAGAAUGGAAGAGGUAUCAUCUCCUCGACAAGUACAGCCAUCCAUGCUGCACGAGUUGAGGGGCCAACAAGAAGACAUCAUCAUGAAUGCCGAUGGAGGAACGACUGCCGAGGCCGUGACUCCAAUAUCGUCUGUUCCGUGCCCUCAAGUCAAGGUCAUCCCACCGGAAGGUGAAAGAUUACCCAGUACUACAAGACUGACCAAACGUCUUGUGGAUGAAGUGGCAAACAUCCUGAGCGAACAUAAGACAUUGUCAGGCAAAGCUGGGUCAUCCUUCUCUGAAGAAGAACUUCUGCUUCGUUUCAGAUCCAGCUUGCGAUCGUCUGUGGGCAGUGUUGAAAGCUCUUCCCUGAGCCUUGUCACUGGCGAAGAAGAUUCUGAGACAACUGCUGUCAAGAAAUGUCCCGCCACGAAUCAGACAUACUACAUAUGUCAAGAAUGCGGAAAGAUAAAGUCUCGCGCUAGUGACCUAAAGAAGCACAUGCAGCGUCAUGCGAAACCCUUUGGCUGUACUUUUGAUGGAUGCAACAAGAUCUUUGGAAGCAAGAACGACUGGAAGAGACAUGAGUUGGGUCAGCACGAACAACAAGAAUGCUGGCGUUGUCUCAAAUGUCAGGAAGUCUUCUAUCACGAUCAAAGCCACUACGUCAGUCAUGUGAGCCAAGUUCACUCGAUCGACCCAGUGGAGACUACUGCUUAUGCCCCUCCAGAGCGAAGAAUCGCCAGGAACUAUCAAGGACGGUUCUGGUGUGGCUUCUGCAACCAAAUCAUCGUCCAUAACCUGCAGGGCGUCGAGGCAAUCACCUUAAGGUUCAAUCAUAUCUCGGACCAUUUCAUGAAAGAGAAGAACAACAUCAAAAGUUGGAUCGAGGUCGGCGGGAAGGGGAGGACGAAAGGGAAGCGAGUCGAAGAGUGCGGCGAGUCCCCUCCUGACGCGGCCCAAGAUGAGGAAGAAGAAGACGGCACAACCGAUCAGCCUCGACUAGAGUCGGACAGUACCGCGUCAUCGUACCCACAAAGUGAAUUGUCGCUAGAUGAGCAGAUGAGCUUCUCGCCAUCGUCAUCUGCGAUGCUCGAAUCAAGUGGUCUCCAGCAGCAGUUUGCCUUCGAUCAUCUUCAACCCACGGCGAUGACCUUGGCUGACCAUAUGAUGCUUUUUAGUGGUCAGCACCAGGUUCAGUCUGACGACUCAAUCGACAACCAUGGUGUUGGUUGGAGCACAGGAAGUCAAGGACGUGAUGACUCGGAAACACAACUGCGACGCAACCUCAUAGUCAAAUGCUGCCAAUGCAAGUGCACGGCAAGCUGGGAACUCAACAAAAAGUGUCUGGAUUGUCAACAUGACUUUUGCACCAGUAGAUGCAAGUACAGGUUGCCUGAGGUCGAGUGAGAUGUGUCCGACUCCCGCCCCAAGGCGGAUAGGUGUGCUUUUGGUAUGAUAUGGCACGACACGAUUUUGCUGAUGGAUUAGAAGAUAGGAGAGGUCAUCCUAUGAGAUAUUGGAGUUGGUUCUCUAGGAUUGUUGUGUGUUAUGUGGUUGAUGACCCUUGUUACGACUUUUGUUCGGAGAGAUCCUGGUCCAAAGAUUUGCGGUGGCGUAUGGGUUGCGGCGCUGGUGGGCUGCGACAGGACCAACAGCUACAUGAGUUACGAUCGUCAGUUCGGUUGUGUUAUGGACACGAGGAUGAGAUGAGCUCAUCGUCGGUUUCGGGCCUUUUUUCACUAAGAUACCAAAUGUAAGCGCUCUCUGAUGGUGCUGGAUGUUUUAUGGCGGUCCGGAUGACAUGUUACGACAAUGAUAAUCAUGUUUGCAAGAUUCUUUCGGAAAACAGGUUCGGUC